UCUCCUCUUUCUUUUCCCUCCCGUGGCCGAUGCCGGACUGAGAGGAGCGCCGCCAGGCCACCCAACCACCCCCGUCAAGGCGAUGAGGGGGGUCAAGAAAUUGAUGACGGCUGUCGUCGUGCUUGCAGUUUGUUCUCUGUUUGUGAGUUUUCUUGAGGAAGGUUGGGUUUUCGGUGCCAUUCGUGUUGAUCCUUCCUCGGUGUUCUUUGGCCGAAAGGCGUUGGAAGCUGGAGGAGCAUCGGCAUGGUCUCCCUCUCCGGAAGCGUCGCUGAAGCGUGGCGUCGCCGCUUCGAGCAUCCGUUCCCCCGCACCACCGGAAGCAGGGUCGCCUGCUCUGCGUCAUGGUUUCGACAGCUCUUCCAAUGAAAAACGGCACAAGGAGGCCAUGGCGGAUGAAGGGGAAAUGGUUGCACCGCGGGCGAAGGGCAGAAAGGCAUGGUCUUUUUUGUAUUUCAGGUUUCCAGAUUACUUUGCCCUAUGUCUGUGCUCCUCGGAUCCUCCUCACACGCAUUUGCUGCAGGCCAUCGAAGCAGAGAAUGGUGGUGCGUCACCACCACCACCACUACCACCACCACCACCCAGCCCAUCGGAGGAGAGAGCGACCAAAAGGGUCCUAAGCACCAUUGCUUGCUGUAUGCUUUUAUCUAAUGAUUCUGAUCUGAAAGAGCGGACACCACCCAUUUGGCCAUUUCCAGUUGAAUGA